CUGAAACUCAACGUCGAACGCAAGUCUAAAACUUUAUCCAAAUACAAUGGCCCCAAGCCAGAUCAUCGAAUUUCACUACGAUAUAUCAUGUCCCUUCGCGUAUAUUGCUUCAACAAAAAUUGAAGCUCUCGCGCGGCGUACAAAUGCAAAGGUAUUAUGGCGACCCGUAUUACUUGGAGCUAUAUACAGGGCCACAAACGCACCCCAAGGAGCGUCAGGAUCCGCCUCUGAUACGUUCAAUCCAACCAAGAAAGCAGUUACCUCUCGGGCUUUUCAGCGGACCAUAAAGAGGCAUGGAAUUGCCUAUAAUGAGCCGCCACAACAUCCGCAAAAGACAACUGCUGCCUUGCGUCUACUCUAUUUUGUUCAUGAGACUGCAAGGCCAUUGCUGACACAUGCUCUCUACAAAGCCUACUGGGUCGAUGGAAAAAACAUUAGCGACAAAGAAACGCUGAUUGAGGCCAUUCGCAAUUGCGAGCUUUGGGAUGGCGACAGAAUUAUCCGCGCAGUUCUGGACGGAAGUGCAGAGGGCCCCGAGCAACGUCGUCAGCUUGAAAUCGCUACCGACACAGCGAUAAAACGGGGCGUGUUCGGUGUGCCUUCGUUCUGGAUUCCGGCCGAGAUCUGGACCGACAAAAACGGGAAAAAACAUGAGGGUCGCCUGUACUGGGGCCAAGAUCGAAUGCACUUUGUAGAAGCAGUCGUAAUUGCUUUGAAUGAGGGCAAGAGCGGAGAUGACCUUGGAUCUAUAUCCAAAUCAUUACGGAGCUUAAUGCCAAGGUCUAAAAGAGCCGAGAUUCCUGCUGACGAGGAAGUGAGAUUGGAGUUCUGGUAUGACUACAGCAGCCCCUGGGCUUUUCUCGGUUGGACACAGCUACCAGCGCUAAAGAGACAGUUUGUAGAUCGUUUGCAGAUUGAUAUGCGACCUUUCUUGCUUGGCAUACUUUUCCGAGAAAUUGGCGCGCCAAACCUGCCAAUGGCGGCAGUCUCGGAAGUUAAGCGUCAAUAUUCACAGUGGGAUCAUUACUGUUGGACACGCUGGUGGAAUGCUAUCAACAUUCAAGAAGGUAGCCCGGAUAAGAACAUCGACUUUUAUUGGAACGACAUUUUCCCCAUUCGCACGCCAACCGUGCUAAGGGCAGCCCUCGCCGAGCCACGAUUGGAUCCUGCACUGUUUCGUGGCUGCUGGGAGCGCAACUUAGACAUGAAGGAUGAUAACAUUCUGCGGAAGGUGAUCACGGAAGCAGGAUACGAUGCAGACGCAAUACUUGCCAAGGCAAAUUCUCCAGAUACUAAGGCGGACCUUAGGGCACGCACUAAGGAAGCCAAAGAACUUGGAAUAUGUGGAGUUCCUACCUAUCGCGUGUUUCGUAGAAAACGUGGCGAAAGCACGUGGAAACAACAGGGAGAUCUCGUUUGGGGUCAAGAUGAAACAUCUGUUGUGGAGGAUCUUAUAGCCGGAUGGGAUGGGUCCAGCAUCGCUAAAGUGGAGAACAGUUCGAGAAGCCGGUUGUGAACUCUCUUGAUUAGACCCUUUUAACCCGCAUGGCUGCUUACUCGAUUUAUCAUUAAUUUAUUCCUUAGCCCACAUUAUAAU